CUCCCAGCGCAGCCUCGGGCUAAACGCGCGCGAGGAGGCGGGCGCAGCCUGCCCGUUAGAGCAACGGCAGCCGCUCGAGCUCUGACGCGGAUCUUGUGGGGGCGGGAGGGGCUGGCGGCGACAGCUGCUGAGCACUGGGGCUUCUCCCGUUGACUCAGCCCUGGCAGGAGGCUGCUGCCGCCCGUGCACCUCCUGCGCCGGAGAGCUGGCUCUGGGCACUGCUCCCUCAAGCCAGCGCCUGCUGCUUUGCCCGCUCCUCCCGGGCUGUGCCGGGCGCAGGGUCCCGCAGCCCGCCUGCCGCGGGAAGAGCGCUGCCGUACACGGUGGUUUCCUAUCGAGGUGGUUUUGCUGGUCCCUGUGAACCGCCCGCCAACGUCUGUCGCUGUCCAGCCGCGGUGACCCCCGGCGGCGUUACGAGAAGGGGGGGGGCAGGUUGGCGAGCUUGGCAGGAGUAGCCACAUGCAUCUCCUCGUCUGCAACGACUGCACCUGCGAGUGAAUGAAGCUGCUGCACUGAGGAGGGCCGAGAAAGACACGCAGCGGCUCCAGGGGUCCUGAUCAUCUCGCGGGUCUCGGCCUCCCCGCGCCUUAACCUCCCAAACCCGCUCCAUGCGGGAGCCGAAGAGGAUCUCCCCGCAUGCCCUUGUGGAGGCCCACUUCUACACCCCCCACUGACAGGUACUGUGGGGCGGGGGCAGCCUGGCCCCUCUGUGUGCGUGUGUCUCCUCUCGCCUUCUCUUCCCAGGGAUUUAUUGGAUGAAGAUUUUUAUUCUUUUUUUUUUUUGGUUGGUUGGUUGCUGGUCGGUCUGUGGGGUGGGAAAGGAGAGAGACUUCAGCUGACACGGUGCCUGUGCUCCAGAGCUUCCCUGGCGUUACUCUCUGCCUCGUGGGGAAAUAUCCAGCUGUUCAUCUGAAGGGCAUUUACAUCAUGGUUUAGCGAGGGAUCUCCCACGAAAAAACUCCCCCUCCCCUUUUCUCUAGCUCCUUCCCCCCCCCCCAAACAACGGACCCAAAACCUUAGGAAUAACCAUUCCAGCUGCUUAUCUCCGGGCAGCGGAGACUGAUGGACAGUUCCUCCACUCUGCAAUGAACGCACUACGUGAAAAACCUCGAGUCAGAAUGAUCGCUACCUAGACAUCUGCAGCUACAGGAACUAUUAGCAAUGCAGUGUUUGGAGAUGACAACCAAAAGGAAAAUUAUUGGCCGUCUGGUGCCAUGCCGAUGUUUCCGGGGUGAAGAGGAAAUCAUCUCAGUGCUAGAUUACUCCCAUUGCAGCCUACAGCAGGUGCCAAAGGAGGUUUUUAACUUAGAACGGACAUUAGAGGAGCUUUACCUAGAUGCCAAUCAAAUUGAAGAUCUGCCUAAGCAAUUGUUCAACUGUCAAGCUCUACGUAAACUGAGUAUACCAGACAACGACCUUUCAAGCCUGCCAACCUCUAUUGCUAGUUUAGUUAAUCUCAAGGAACUUGACAUCAGUAAAAAUGGGAUUCAAGAUUUUCCAGAAACUAUAAAGUGCUGUAAGUGUUUAACAAUUAUUGAAGCCAGUGUCAAUCCAAUUUCUAAGCUGCCAGAUGGUUUCACGCAGCUUCUAAACUUGACCCAGCUCUACCUAAAUGAUGCCUUUCUGGAGUUUCUUCCAGCUAACUUUGGAAGACUUGUCAAAUUGCGUAUCUUGGAGUUAAGAGAAAAUCAUUUGAAAACUCUACCAAAGUCAAUGCACAAACUGACACAGCUGGAGAGGCUUGACCUAGGCAAUAAUGAGUUCUCUGAGCUGCCUGAGGUUCUGGAACAAAUACAAAACCUAAAGGAAUUGUGGAUGGACAAUAAUUCACUUCAGAUGCUGCCUGGGUCUAUAGGGAAGUUAAAGCAGUUGGUGUACCUGGAUAUGUCAAAAAACAGGAUAGAAACUAUUGACUUGGAUGUAUCAGGAUGUGAAGCACUUGAAGAUCUCCUAUUGUCAUCCAAUAUGUUACAACAACUGCCAGACUCUCUAGGAUUGUUGAAAAGGCUUACAACACUAAAAGUAGAUGACAAUCAGCUUACAGUACUGCCCAAUGCAAUUGGAAAUUUAUCUCUAUUAGAAGAAUUUGACUGCAGCUGUAAUGAACUGGAGUCCCUACCUUCUACCAUUGGUUACCUUCAUAGCCUGCGGACAUUAGCUGUGGAUGAGAAUUUCCUGUCUGAAUUGCCUAGAGAAAUCGGAAGCUGUAAGAAUGUAACAGUUAUGUCCCUGCGCUCUAACAAGCUAGAAUUUCUUCCUGAUGAGAUUGGUCAGAUGCAGAAGCUGAGAGUGUUAAAUCUGAGUGAUAACAGACUGAAGAAUUUACCAUUCACUUUUACUAAGCUUAAAGAACUUGCAGCUUUGUGGCUAUCUGACAACCAGUCCAAGGCCCUUAUCCCUCUGCAAACUGAGGCCCAUCCAGAAACAAAGCAAAGAGUACUGACUAACUACAUGUUUCCCCAGCAACCCCGCGGUGAUGAAGAUUUCCAGUCAGACAGCGAUAGCUUUAACCCUACUUUAUGGGAGGAGCAGCGACAGCAGCGGAUGACUGUAGCCUUUGAAUUUGAAGAAAAAAAGGAAGAGGAGGAAAAUGCAGGAAAAGUUAAGGUUGAAAUAAAUCUAAAACGUUAUCCAACUCCAUACCCAGAAGAUUUAAAGAACAUGGUAAAAUCUGUACAAAAUCUGGUGGGCAAAACAAGCCAUGGAGUGAGGCCUGAGAACUCAACACCAGCUGCCAACAGUGAGCAAAUUAUGAAAGAAAAGUAUGAGCACAAGUGGCCUAUGGCAACAAAGGAGAUUUCAGUGGAGGAUUCCUUUGGACACCCUGCUAAUGACAUGAGGAUAGGAGAACUUCGCCCUUCAAUGGCUGAGGCUCCCUUGUACCAACCCAAACUUGUUCUUCUGGGUAAAGAAAAGAAAGAAUCAACAGAUGAAUCUGAAGCAGAUAAAAUCCACUGUCUCAAUAACAGUGUUUCCUCAGGCACUUACUCAGACUACUCACCUUCCCAAGCUUCCUCAGGGUCCUCUAAUGCUCGUGUUAAAAUGGGGUCCUUGCAAACAACUGCCAAAGAAGCAGUGAAUAAUUCUCUGUGGGGUAACAGGCUUGUGCAGUCUUUUCCACAGCCUCUGGAGACAAAGCCAUUACUCAGCCAGCUAGAGUCUGCUCCAGUGGGAAAUCUGCAGCAGCGCAAUGAUAGGCAUCCAAUGAGUGACACUUUUGCUGACAGCUGGAAUGAUACCCCACACUAUGAUAACACAGGGUUUGUUGCAGAGGAGAGCACAGUGGAGAAUCCUAGCACUAACCCUCUCUUAUGCGCUAAAUCUAGAAGCACAUCUGCUCAUGGACGUAGGCCUUUAAUUAGACAAGACAGGAUAGUUGGCAUUCCCCUGGAACUUGAACAGCCUACACUCAGAAACGCACCUGAAUCAGAAGUGCCUCCUUCCAAUCCUUGGCAGAAUUGGACCAGAACUCCAAGUCCUUUUGAAGAUAGGACAGCUUUUCCUUCUAAACUGGAGAGCACCCCCACCACCAGCCCUUUGCCUGAAAGGAAAGAUCAUAUCAAAGAAUCUCCUGAAGCAGCUAGCACUUUUUCUCCAGGAGUAGCCUGGGAGUAUCAUGAUUCAAAUGCUAACAGAAGUCUUAGUAAUGUCUUUUCACAUAUUCAUUGCCGUCCAGAGUCUUCUAAAAGUGUUAUUGCAAUGAGCAAGAGUACAGAGAGGCUUUCCCCAAUGAUGAGAGAUUUAAAAACUAGUAAAUUUAAGAAGUCACAAAGUAUUGAUGAGAUAGACAUUGGUACAUAUAAAGUUUAUAAUAUUCCAUUAGAAAACUAUGCAUCCCGUAAUGACAAUGCAGGAACCCAUGAAAGACUAGAUAAAAUGAUAGGGCAGGAGCAUGGUAUGUCUAGUAUGUCUCGUAGCCAGUCUGUACCAAUGCUAGAUGAUGAGUUGCUGAGUUAUGGAAGUGUUAAGGUACAGCAGCAGCAAAAGCCUUCUGUUACCAAAAAAGUCUAUCAGUUUGACCAAAGCUUCAACCCUCAAGGAGCAGUGGAAGUUAAAGCAGAAAAGAGGAUACCACCACCUUUUCAACACAAUCCAGAAUAUGUUCCCCAGCAGAGUAAAAACAUUGCCAAGGAUUUGGUUAGUCCAAGAGCCUAUAGAGGCUAUCCCCCCAUGGAGCACAUGUUUUCAUUCUCUCAGCCUUCAGUUAAUGAGGAGGCUGUUAAUGCUCAAUUCUCAACCCAGGGAUCAAGGUCAGGAUUUUUGAGAAGAGCUGAUUCAUUGGCAAGCUCCACUGAAAUGUAUAGAAGAGUAAGCGAACCUCACGAACUGCCUCAGAGUGAUAGGUAUAGCAGACCUCAGUAUAGAGCAGCUAUGGAACGCCAAAGCAGUAUCUCAGUGUCUGAAACCCAGUUCCUCAAAAGAAAUGGCAGGUAUGAAGAUGAACACCCUUCAUAUCAAGAAGUGAAAGCCCAGUCUGGAAGUUUUCCAGUUAAAAACCUUACACAAAGGAGGCCAUUGUCUGCAAGAAGCUACAGUACAGAGAGUUAUGGUACAUCUCAGACUAGGCCAGUUUCAGCUCGGCCUACAAUGGCAGCUCUAUUGGAAAAGAUACCAUCGGACUAUAACUUGGGUAACUAUGGUGACAAGCCUUCAGAUAACAGUGAUAUAAAGACAAGGCCUACCCCUGUGAAGGGAAAUGAGAGCUGUGCUAAAAUGCCUGCAGACUGGAGACAACAGCUACUUAGACAUAUAGAAGCUAGAAGGUUAGACAGGACCGCUGCUUACAAACACCACACUGUUAACCUUGGCAUGCUGCACUCUGGAAGUUUGUCAGCAAUGCAUGCAGGCAGAAGCAUGACUUUAAACUUGCAGACUAGAUCUAAAUUUGAAAACCAAAUUCAGCAAGAGCUACCUCUACCAAAAACCCCAUCACAGCAGAGCAAUAUCCUAGACAACGGACAAGAAGAUGUUUCUGCUAGUAGCCAAUGGAAUCCAUAUCCACUUGGAAGGCGGGAUGUGCCACCAGAAACCAUUACUAAAAAGGCAGGUAGCCAUAUCCAGACUUUGAUGGGAUCUCAAAGCCUACAACAUCGGAGUCGAGAGCAGCAAUAUGAGGGAAACAUGAAUAAAGUGACCAUUCAGCAGUUUCAGUCACCACUGCCAAUUCAGAUCCCUUCUUCGCAGAGCUCUCGGGCACCUCAGGCGGGGCGGUGCUUAAUUCAAACCAAAGGGCAGAGGAGUAUGGAUGGUUAUCAGGAGCAGUUUUGUGUGAGAAUAGAAAAGAAUCCUGGCCUUGGAUUUAGUAUCAGUGGUGGAAUAAGUGGACAAGGAAAUCCAUUCAAACCUUCUGAUAAGGGUAUCUUUGUUACUAGGGUUCAGCCUGAUGGACCAGCAUCCAGCCUGCUCCAGCCUGGUGAUAAAAUCCUUAAGGCAAAUGGACACAGUUUUGUACAUAUGGAACAUGAGAAAGCUGUAUUACUACUGAAGAGUUUCCAGACUACAGUAGACCUAGUUAUUCAACGUGAGCUUACUGUCUAAGUAUUUUUUAUAAAUAGUAAACAUAUGUCUAGCCAGAUCUAAUGUUCAAACAGAAAUUUAUACAUAGGAAACAAAUUUUGCCAAUUGCUGGACCAAUGGCAAACAUUAGUGCCAAAUGUAUAAUACUAUAUGUUAGUACUGCGCCUCUUGAAAAAUGUUAACUAUAUAAAUAUGAUGUUCAUGUGGUUAUGUAUUAGUUUUAAUUGUCAGCCUCUGGCUGUGCAUUGGUGCAGUUUCUUUUUUAAUCAAGUUACUUCUCAAAGUGGAUUUCAUAAACUUCAGAACACAGAAGCACACACAAGCUCUUUAUGAAUUCUGCUGUCCAUCAAAAAUACUGCCUCAAAGUUGUAUAUAUCUUUAUAAAGAAAAACAUAUGAGUUGUAAUUCCCAUAAAAUAUUUCUAUCACCAGUGCUAUACUAAAAGAAAGAUUAUAGAGAAAAAAUAUUUUCAUAGACACCACUAAGAAAGUAAAUAUUAAAUUUGAACUUUAGUGUGUUGAUUUUUUUCAGUGAAAAUAUAUAUGCCUUAUAGAAGUAACUGUACAAGUACAGUGGUUAGUGCUGAGUCCAUACUAAUUAGCUGAAUUAUUGCAAUACAGGGUGAAAUACUUCAUAAAUUAUACUUUCAAGCCUGGGACCUAAACAUAAUAGUCUAGGCAAAAUUAAUUGCUUUUGUCUGAGCCUUUUAUCUGAUUACAUGUUGAAACAGACACGAUAAUUUCAGAUAGUGUUGUUUCUCAAAUAAAAGCAGUGAGUGGUGGGUGGCAGGAAAACCUAAUGCUGAAUUUUUUUAAUAUAUUUAAAAUGAUAGAACCCUUUCAAUAAACUUUGAUUCCCAAUCCUCCCACCAGACUAUAAUACCCCUGAGUAAGGAGGGCCAAAGCUAGCCCUUUGUGGGUAGCAGGCCCAUUGAAAUCAGUGGGACAAUACAUCGCUAGUAAGACUAGAUAACAUUUAAAAGAGUUUCUCUCUGAGGUGUGCUAUAUAAAUACCAGUAGGUAAAUCUCAGUGCAGUUCUAAGGGGAUGGGAACAGACACAGCACAAAACUACAUUACAUUGGUGUUAUUUCAGUAAUCCAAGCUUUAGUAAUUCCUACAGCUGACAGCAUGGAAAAUUAAUUUCUGUGCCAUGGAUGAGUCGACAUAUAUUAGGUAAAUCCUGUUUCCAUUGAAGUCAAUGGUAAAAAAUUGUAACUGCUAAUGGCAGCAGGAAUGAGCCCCUUAUGAGAGUUUUUGAAGGAAAUAAAUUGAGUAUUCUGAAUUGGUUUUUAUUAAAUUUGAACAUUUUUAAAAAAACACAGAUCACCUGAAUUGUGGCUAGUGUAGAUUUUAAAAGUUACUAUCAAGAACUUUUUAGUUAAUUUGAGGUGCUUCUCUAUUAUGUAAUGCUGCCAGACCCCAGUUGUCAACCGGCAGGAUUGAACAGGGGACCUUUGGAGCUUAGUGCAUGAGCCUCUACUGCAUGAGCUAAAAGCCAACUGGCUAGUAGCUAAGGCUGUAGAGCAGUCUGUCUGUCUGUCCCCCUGCCGAUGCCACUAGAUGGGACAGAACAUCACCCCCAAGAGGUAUGUGGGUUACACUUACACUAACUAAAGUUUUCCCUCUCCCCUCUGAUUCAUUUACGUAUUGAUUAGUUUAAUUGAAAUAUAUAAUUAAACAGCUUUUUUUUAAUAUAUAUGUCAGUUUAUGUAAUGUUCUGUCUACUAUAUGGUCUUCUGUUGCUCAUUAGAUAUUUGAGGUGGGGCUUGUUCCCUGAUGAAUGUUUUGAAUUGUCUUAUUUGGAUUUCAUUUAUUUUCAGCUGGCAUUUGGCAGCUGUUGCAAUGUGACAAUACGGCUGGUGAUUUGGUCAGUCAGCUUCAUCACAAUGACAAAUUGUGGUUCUGAGGCAACUGGGGACUUUGGGUGCAUGGGAAUGCAGGGUUAGGCUUUUUGUUUGUAUUUACACGUUUCCUGGUUUUAAAAUGGUGACUGUUCACAUCCCCUUUAUUGUUUGCUUUCCACAAACAUGAAUGAUUACAUGUCUUACUGCAAAACUGGAAAGUUUAUUCCAAACCUGCACGUGUAAGUUCUCACAGAAAACAAAUGUUUGUUUUGUACAAGUCCUCACACUGGAAGUGCUGCUGCACACAUCCAUUCAGGAGGCAAAAAUAAUAUCGUGUAACUUAUCUGACUACAGCUGAUCCAUACAGCUCUAAUUUUAAAUAUUUACACCCAAAUAGUUUGAAUUUAGUUAUUCUUUCACUGAGAGUAUAGAGAUUUCAAAUUCCUCUAUGCGAAGAUAUUCAGCAAAUAAAUUCAAAUGAGUUAUUCAGUUAUUUGUGUUAGCCUGGCGUGCAGGAAUGCAGCAUCUUUAACAGUGUACAGACGCUCCCCAGGUUACGCAAACCCAACUUAUGCAAACCCGCACUUACGAAAAAAGGUCUGUACGUGGGGGUUUUUUGUUUGUUUGUUUUUGUUUUGCGUAAUUGUCAGGUAUAUGUCCUCAACUUACGCAACAUUCGACUUAUGCAAGGUGUUCCAGAACAGAAUGUUUGCAUAAGUCGGAGAGUGUCUGUAACAGCUGCAUAAUUGCAGAGUCCAUUAGUCAAAUUGUCAGCAUCAUCAGCUAUCCCUUUUGUAAUAAAACAGUCACGAGAUGCUCACAUCCAUUCUUUACAUGCAGAAAUUCACUCCAUGUAAACACACUAAAUGGAAUAUGUUCUGUGGGAAUUUCAUUGUAAUUUAUUUGCAUAGCUCAAAUAUUUCCCUUGACUUUUGCUUCUGGCAAGAAAACCGAGUAACUAAAAAGUUAGUUUUGAGUCAUGCUGUAACAUUGCCUACUACAUCCCUCCUCUAAGCAAAACUAGAAGACAGAAUCCUGAAGCAUGUUACAAAAUUAAAUAUUGUAUUUAUAUAGCACCAAGAUAUGGUCGGCUUUUUUACAGAGACAAGUGGGAUGACAAGGGUUCUGCCCUAGGGAGCCUACAAACUACAUAGACAACAUAUUGAAGAAAGAUGUAAUAUAACAAAAGCCAAGUGAUCUUUAGUGUGUUGUGUUUGUGCCACAUUUGUUCUGAUGGAUUUUUUAUUACAUACACAGAUUAUGCCAAUGUGGUUUGUAAGCCUGAGUGUUACAAGAUACAAGUAGUUUUUUUUUCUCCAUUAUAUAGUCAGACAUUAACUUCCCCCUUAAUUAAUGAAGUCUUUGUUGGGAAUAAAACCAGACAUUCCAGUGGAACCUCUGUCACAUUUAAGGCCUAAUGCUGCAGAUUUUGGAGUCAACGGAAGCUUGGUUAAGUAAAAGAGCUCUUGGUAAGUGAGCAGGAGUUCAGGCUUUUCAUUCAGACAGUAGUUGCGCUUCAAGAUGCGUCUUCCCCACCCCAACCCCCCAAAAGCAAGCAUGAUUCUCUUUGUAGUUUGUUGUAUUUAUAUACAAAUUGGCAGAGGGGAUGCUCAUAUUUUGAGCAAUGAAGGAAGUCUUCAUUGUGGCUAAUUAGUAUGUGGUGUUCUUGUUUUGAUAUAACACACCUUUUGUCUUUUCUGGAGCGAUUCAAUAGAUGCAGUUAGGAAGUCACAUAUUAUGUGCAUGGAUACCUUGAUUCAGCUAUCUUGUUAAACUUGAGAUUCUAGGGCAGGUGCUGGCAGCAGAUGAAUAGCAUAUAUAUGACGUGGCACGCUGGAGUAUAUUCCAUAGAUGUGGUUAUUUUCAUGUUUAGUCAAUGAGUUCUGAAACAGGCAGCUGUGAUCUCAAAAUUGCAUAUAGGUUCCUGGGUCCAGGCUAUUAGAUAGUACACACUACACCAUGUGCUUUCAUAUCAAGUACACAAUACCUAAAGCCCAGGAAUUUUUUUUUUAGCUACUAAAGAGAAUUUUUGACAAUGACUGAAACAUGGUGUUUUAGAAAUAAAACCAGAAACUCCAAAUUGCCUUUGGAACUUCUACCGUUUUCAAUUUCCAGCUUCCUGUCGGCUUUCAGCUGUGCUAAAUUUGUUCCCAUGGUAACACUUUGGCUAGCAGUAAAAUUGUGACACUGCUUUUUAGGUUUCUGCACAACAAAGCUCAGCAAGUGCUCCUCAAGUAAAGGUUAGAUUAAAAGUGCAGGGCAUUGCUACAAUUCCCUUGUUCUGGUUUUACAGCAACUGUUAAGGAACACAGACUGGUUACUAUCACAGCUCACAUGGCAAAUCACUGUACAGAAACUAGAACUUAUUGUGGUUUCAACUCCCAGCACCACUAUGUGUAACAAAAUGUGUAACAAAAGUAUCAACUGUAUCUUAGCCAAACCUGUAUUAGCCAAUGCAACAGUAACUCCCCAAUCGACCAUGUUUACAGAUAGUCAUAUAUAAAAUCGAUCCAAGAAAGGGCACAACCCACUUUUGUGUUUUCAGUUUUAUACAGAACCCCCAUCCAGAUUUUUGGGGUGUGGGUUAGUUUCUCUAAGCUUGUUCUGAGCCUAAAGCUCUUCUUUCCCCAGUUGCAUCCCACUGGUUGAUGCCACAGCUGGAAUUGAGUACUAGUCAACAACCUCUGGCCACAGGUCAUUCUCAGAAUGGGAGAAAUAUCUAAAGAGACAAGACCACAGGAGACUCAAUUCAUUUCCUAAAGAAGCCUCCAGGCUCAAUAACAAUUCUUUACGCAUUCUGGGUUUUUUUUAUUGUAAUUAAAAAAUUUAAAAUUCCAAGUAUCUUUUCAUUCACCGAAAUGUAUUUUCUAACAAGCUACAUUUGUAAAAAUAUAUGUGUCCCUUUAUUCAUCAUGAUCCUUCUCCUUUGUGCAAUUAUAUUACAGCCUGAUCUACUGAGAACUAAGGCAGUUCUUGACAGUGUCUCUACUCUAUUUAUACACAGGGACAAUUUUAAGGAAGUUCACUAAAUCCCAUGUAAAUGGUAAAAUAAAAAGCUGCCAGCUGUUUCUUGAAUUUCCCAGGCUGAAAGAGUAUAGGCAGAUGUUACGAGGUUUUCUGAAAAUGAAGAAACUUGCACAAAAUUGCUUUAGCUCAUUUGGUUAUUUUUACAGCUGCAAACUCAUACCACGAGCACUUCCCCAAGUACCAGUAAUUCUUAACAGUUCAAAAAGCAUCUGACCAUAAUAAACUGUUAAAAGAAUCGAAUGUAAUGUGUUUAGGAAAUCUGCUUGCCACUGCUAUUACUAUGUAUUGCUCACAUUACAUCGUGCUCCUGCUUGUAACUACCCAAUCCCUGUUAUUCAGCUUAUGUGGGCAGAUGUAUAUUUUGUGUAUUAGUAAAGAAAAAAUGAUAAUUGAGUUCAUUUUCACAAACCCUAGGUUCUCUUCCUAUCCUGUGCAAGUGAACAUUCAAAAGAAGCAUAGGACCUGAUUCUGCCACAGGAUACAUGUCCCAACUUCCAGGGAAGUCAGUGGGAAUUUAAGGUCACAUCCAUUAGCUCAACUAGCUUUGUAAUCUGUGUCACCCAUCUUCCUAACUAGAAAAGGGGAUUGUCAACUUUCUGUAAGGUUAGCUUGUGAAUGUACUGGGUUCAGUCUCCAUUCACCUUGCACUCAGAAAUUACCAUGCAAGCCCAGCUGGGACUAAAGUAAACAUUGGCAAACAGGUGGUUAUAUUAAUCUUCAUAAAAGGACACAAAAUUACAGCUGCCAACGGUGGGCUUUGAAUUGGAAAUCCAAGAGUAAGAUAUACUUACUAGCUUUUCAUUUUCUGUGUCUGGGCUUUUUAUAGUUUUAAACUUCCAAAAUGUAAGUAUUAAAAUAGUCAUACAGUCAAUUUUAGAUUUCAACUAAGUGGAAUCAAAUUAUAAAUUUUGUUUUUUUAUUAACCGAUUUGUUUAUUUCACUGUACUGUAAAUAUGAGCUAAACAUAAAAGCAAUGAUGCAACUUUCAGGCCAGUAGUUUGGAUUGGAUAUUAAUUGAGUUGGCCUUUUUAUGACUCCAGUUUUGCUAUGCUUAGUAAAUGGCCUUACAGCCAUAUGUGUGCAGCACAACAGUGACACCCAGAGGCCAGGCAAUGUAACCAGAGCUUGUUUUCCUCAGAGUGGCAGUUUGAACGUUGAUCAGACCUCAAUGAAAUUUCACCUUUGCAAAAGUAGGUAUUAUUUGAUACUUAAACAGUUCCUUGUUUAUUUCAAAAUUCUUUGGCAAUCCUUCUGAGCAUUAAUAGCCUCAGACAAUUCAAGCAGAUAUUCUGUAUAUGAAUGCACUCCAUUUCAUUGCAUAGAGUAGUAACUUGUCCCCUUGUAAAGCAUUUAAUGAAGAACCACCAACAAGCCACAACAGUGCAGCACAAGAGGCUUGAUAUUUAUCAAUUGGGGCCUUUUAGGCCUCUUUGCUAGCCUAAGUGGGUUUACUCUGAAAUCAUGGUAAAAACCAAGACUUAUGUUAAGUUUUCUACUUGGGAGUACUGUAGCCAGUUCAAAACCAACAGCUUACUUUAUUAAAAAUUUUACCAUUUUAUAAAAGACAUGUUUAAUUAUGA